GCGGUCCGGCAGCCCCUUGGCCUCGAUGCCUGCACGAGUUUGUGGGGCUCUCUGAGACUCACGGGAAGCAGGAAUGUCUCUGGGCAGAAGGAACUGGUCCGAUCUCUCCAGCCUGGCCAGGCAGAGGACCCUGGAGGAUGAAGAAGAGCAGCAAAGGGAGCGCCGGCGAAGGCACCGGAACCUGUUGUCCUCCACAUCGACAGAAGAAGAACCUCCCAGCCCUGUAAAAGGCACCAGCCCGGCUUCCAGCAGACCUCAACCCCUGGUGAAGGCCGUGUCUACAGAGGAUGGGGAAGAGCACAAGCUCUCGGUAGUGCUGAAGACGCAAGAAGGGAGACGGACAAGGUCCCCGAUGGCAGUCUCUGGGAAACUGAGGCAGGAGAAGGAGCAGCAGGAUCCAGGGGUGGGAGCGAGCCCUGCGGAGACAGGAACACAGCUGCACACAGGGCAGGAGAGCAUCCAGGCUGGACAGCGGGAUCGGGAUGUGGCCAAGGGCAGAGGGGACCCACCAGGAGACCGACACCGGCUGCUGGCCUUGGAGAGGAAGGUGGUGGUGAGGGCCCGGCUUCAGGACAAGGAGGAACAAGGUGUGGGGACUCCUCGGGGGGAGCAGAGAAAGGAGGUGCAGGAGCCACGGGCCCUGACGGAGCUGGGGGGCUGCCGGCUCCGCGAGGUCAAGAUCCUGACCAGGCAAGGGAGCCGCAGCAUGGAGAAGACGUCCUCGGUGGCAACCUCAUCCCUGGAGCAGCAGCAGCCAUGCAGGAAUCCCCCAAAGGAGGCAAUCCAGCUGUCUGCCACCCCAGAGGAACCUGCAGAGAAGUCGGAUGCUUUCCCAACUCAGGUCACCUACAGCAGCUCCAUCAGACGAACCAGCCCAAGAACCGUCUCCUUUCGGGUGAUCUCAAGAAAACAGAAAGAAGAAAGCCAAAGCCCUCUCACAAGGAGCGCAAGUAUGAGGAUCCCAGGGAGCAGCACCACCAUUGGGGAGAAGCUGGAAAAGUACAACUCGGCCGUGCAGCGCUCGGAGGCGGUGAAAUCAUCCCUGCCCGUUCAGAAGAGCCUCCUGCUGCCCUCGGACGGGGUGGCGAGCAAGCGCAACUUCUUCGAGGCGAGCGCUCCGGGCAAGGCUGAGCCUCUCGCUGCCAGGAAGGACAACCUGAAGAUCCCAGGGUCAGUGACGUCCCGCAUUAAUCUGUGGAUCAGCCGAGCUCAGGAGCCUGCCAAGGAGGAGAAGAGCAAGGACAUCAGGAAAAUAAACAGCCUGCCCACCUGGGUAAAGCAGCCUGGAGACGCCUCUGCAGACACCAAGGUAGACAGAAAGAGGGUGCAUCCUCUGAGCCGUGGGCAGAGCCGGCACCAAGGGCACAUCGCCCAUAGGGCAGAUGUGAGAAACCCAGGCUAUGGGGGAUGGAGGGAUUGUGUGGGGCAUCCAGGACCUCAUGGCUUGGGGGAGUUGGCAGGAGGGGACGACUGGAGGCAGCUCUAAUGGUGAGGAGGAGUCUGGUCUGGGAGAAGAAGGGAAAAGUGGCAUGCGGUGGGAUUUAGGGGGUGCCUGCCUGCCCCAUUCCCUGUUUGGCACAAGUAUGGUCCUGGUUGCAGUUAGCUGCUUUUGGGGGUUUGCAGCCCCAGGCCUGCCCUCACUGUUUCUCACUUUCUUUUUCCAGUUGCAAUAAUCUCAUUUGUGAUAAUAGCAAAGGAUCUGGGGAAAAACCGUUUUGCUCCAAGGAUCAAAGCCCAGCCCUGCCCAGCAGCCCACUGCCGUGAGUGUUCCCCGUGCCACAUGUAGGGCACCCCACAUCGCCGGGGUCCUCUGCUUGAGGAAGGAAGAAGGCUGGAAGCUUAUCCCUGCUCACCCAGACCUCACUUGCUGCCUGUCCCAGAGUGCCUAGGCCUGGAAGCUCCUUGCAGAUGCUGGAGGCAGAUUCUUGCCUUGUUUUCCCUCAGCGUUUUGGUGUUUUGCUCCUAACCUCUGCCUGUGCCCCAUAACUGUGCUUGCAAAGAGGAUCAACCUCUGCAUCGCCCUGGCAGCUGGAUGAUGUCGGUGGGGCAAGAAGCUGCCUGGGCAAGGGAGUUUCAGCUGCACAUCCAUGGACUAUGCCCAUCCCUGCUGCCUGGCUCGUGUGGGGUGAUGUGGGGCAGGCAGGUGUCAACCCUUCCCCAGGCUGUCGCUGCUGGAGCGACCCAAGCUUGCAACGUCACACGUGUAUUGAGUGAUGCUUUGUGGAAGAAGGGUGGACCCGAUGCCACUGGUGCAGUGACCCCUUUCACUUAAAUACAUGGGAAGGAAGGGGGCAUGGACCGUGGUCCUAUUUUGGGGGUUGCAUGGAGCUGAAUGCCCUGUGCUGGGCCCCUUCCCCAAACCCUAUUUCCCUCUUGCCUUUCUUCCUGAGCCCAUUGCCUGUGGCUGUUGUGACCCGUGUCCUGCACCCCUUGGGCUUCUGAGCCCACCCAGCAGGGAUGCAGGGUAAUCAGUAUGGCUUUAGGGUGCUGGCCCAUAAAAUGAUGCUGAAAUCCUUUUGCUGGGGCCAUUCAGUAGGCAAGGGCUGUGUGUUGAGCAACCAUUGCAGUAUCCAAAUGCGGUGUGGGCCUUUAUUGCUGCCCCUAGACCUCAUCCUGCUUGUUGGGCUUUGGAAAGGACUUGGUUCUCUCUGCGCCUUUUUUGUUUUCCUAAUAAAAGUUGCCCUUUCUAAGAU